CUUUUGUAGUAAUAUAAUAUAAUAUAAAAGCAAAAGGUGUAUUAGAUUUCAUUAAACGCUGGUCCUUUACGUUACGAAACACCGCUUGUAGGAGUAUGUUUCAGUUGUAUUGGAUCCUCAAUAUGAAAUCUAUUAAAUGCAAAAUGAUUUUUUGAAAUUUUUUGAAAACUACUCUCCAGGAAAUGAUGCGAUAAUUGUCUUAAUUCCACUAGUACUAAUACUUGAACAGCAGAGUUUAUAUGAAAAAGUAGUAGUACAAGAAGUAGUUGAAGGACCAUACUUGCAGACUGAUUUUUAUUUGACAUGAGUUGGAAAAAAAUAAACAUCUAAAAUUAUGGACAUGUAAUUUUCAAAUGUUUUGUCCAGUUGGAGCCAACUCCCUAUGCAAGUAAGUCUAUUAAAUUUAAAAAUUGUUUUAUCGUAUGGCAAAUAUUUUUUGAAAUUUUGCAUGAAAUAUAAAAAAAUAUCAUGAACACGUACAAAAAGGAACUUGUAUCCUUUGAUCCAGUUCUCCAAAUAUUGAGUUAGUAGAAAAUUUAUAGAAAUUAUCAUGAAAUGAACGAAAUUUUAAUUUCUGGCGGUAACAUUAGCAAUUAACAAUUAGGGGCCAACCUAAUAAAAAUGUCUGUAUUUUUAACAAUUUGUAUAAAUAUUCUAUGCAUAUACAUACAUAUAUUAACAUAUUUAGUUAAUUUGUAUUUUUGUUAGUCUUUAUUUAAUUACUUUAAAUGUAUGAUAAAAUAUGCUUAUACUUUAAUAUUCGUACUUAAGAAUAUUGAAGAGAUACCGUUGUAAAUCCAAUAACGAUUUAAGGUAAAGUUAAAUUCAGAAAUGUUUGAUGCACCUAUAACUCACAAUAAGUAACUACACUUUUAAAGGACAUAAUUUAUGCUUUCUUUUGAGCAAAAUAAAAAUAUUAAUUAAUUUUAAAAAUUAAAAAAUUAAAAUAGUGGUUUUUGAGUUAAAAUAUUUGUUUAUAUUUAGAUGUGACGUUCUAUUCCACUAGAUGGCAAAAACGUUAAUUUUGAAAAAUAAGACAAAUAUUGACAAAUCUUAUUCUUUAGUUAAAAAAAUAAUUUUUGAUAGAUAUUUCACUCUCAUUCCUACUGAUCGAUGAUAAUUUCUACUGAUUAAUGAAUGAUAAUAACAACAAAAUCGAUAUUCUAGCAUUUUAUUUAAAACUAGAUCUUGAUAUUGCCUGUUAAAAUAAAAUUUUAUUUUUAUUUGAGAAGCAAAUGUAACCGUAGCAAUGGUUUGAAGUGUGUAAUUUGAAUAUUAACUAAAUUUUACUGAUGUGACAAUCAUGAUGACAUAAAGACAUAGUUAAUAAGAUAUGUGUGUAUGUAUGUACAUUUAUAUACAUAUAAAUACACAACUAAAGAACAUCUACUGACACGCAAAUGGGAAAAAUAAAUAAAAAUCAAAGAAAAAUAAAUAUUAAUAAAUGAAUUUGUAUGUAAGUACAAAUAUAUAUACAUACACAUGUACAUAUGUAUGUAUGUAAAUUUAUUCUUAUGGAUAAAAAGACAUUAAAGACAAUUUAUUUUACUUGAAGUACAGAAGAGAAAAAAAAGUCAACGAAUAAAACAUUAACAAUACUCAACAACUAGUGUUAACAGCCUUUAAUCCACUGGAAAGUAACAAAAUCAAAAGCCGCGAAAGAACUGUAAAGUGUGUCCUGAAAAUUGAAUGGCAAAAAAGAAAUAUAAAGAAGGAGAAGAGUGUGAAAUGAAAAGAACCGCUCGUGGAUAGCGCAUAAUAAAUUAAUUUUAUUGUCUUAUUUUAUUGUAAAAUUAAUUGUUAAGACCGUAGAAGGAAGUCAAACUAUAAAUUUUAAAUAAUUUAUUACAAACGCACAAAACAUACGAAAAACAAUUAAAAAUUUAUACGAGUAACCAACAGUUAGUCUUUAUUAAUUAGUGGAAAUAGGAAAUGGAAAUGCAAUUAUUUUGGCUGAAUUUUUUUGUCUUAUUCGUUUUUAUUUUACCGGCACAAUUUAAUGCGGAUGCUCAACAGUUGUCUUCUAAAUAUGAAAAACAAACAAAUGAAACUGAUAGCAAAAACUUGCCCACUUUAAGGAGAGGGAAACGUUAUUUAGAUUUUACCAAAGGAUCUCGUAUGUCGUGGCGUACCACAGUUAAAAAUAAUAUCCUAAAAGUGAACACAUUGUGGGGUUAUGGUUUUGGCUUUCGUGCAAAUUUUCCAUUUCCAGACAAAGCCGAUCGUAGGAGACCAUUUUUUAAAAGAGAUGUCUUUCAAUCAUUGACCGAUGUUCUAGAUGGUAAUGGUCUUGAUGGUCAGGCUUGUAUAUUAAAGUCAUUUUGUACAGCUCAUUUGGAUGGUGACAGUGAAUACAGUAGCGGUAUGCUGUUUAAACUUUUAAAAUAUAUAUUUACUUUAAAUGAUAAUGAUAAACGACAUUUUCCCUAUUUGAAACAUGAGAAUUGCCAUCAAAUACUACACAGUCAUUGUCCUUUAAGUUUUAAUAAUAUAUCGCCAUUUACAGAUGAUGUAUAGUAGAAAUAGAUAUUAUUUUAAUUAAAGAAAUUAAGUUAAGAAAUAUUUUUUAAAAAAUGUUUAAUUCUAUUUUUUGUAUUCUUUGUCGAUUUAAAUUAAAAUUUUUAUUUAAAAUCUUAAUGAAAA